AUGAUGUCACACGUUGAAGUUGGAGCAGCCUUAGUUGGAGUAGGGAGGAUUGGAAAAGUCCACCUAAGGAAUCUUGUAGACAUAUCUGAGUUCCGUAUUAGAUGGCUAGUUGACGUCGUGGAAAGCCACGAGGAAAUUUCUGAGCUCGUCAGAAAAUACAGAUUAAACGACGAAGCCAAGGUAACGACCCCUGAGGACCUAGACAGAGUGAUGGACGAUUCUAGGGUUAAAGUCGUGAUUGUCUGUACGCCAACCAUUUACCAUGAACACGUCAUAAUGAAGGCCCUUAAAGCAGGGAAACACGUUUUCUGUGAGAAACCACUAGCGUUAACACUGGAAUCGGUUAAGAAUUGUUACGCAGAGGCAACACGACAGCGCAAAAUCCUGUUCUGUGCCGUCAACAGACGAUUUGAUUCCCAAUUCCGUCAAAUUCGAGACGAUUUAUUGAUCGGGAAGUAUGGAAGUCUCCGGGUUAUAAAGAUGACGUCACAUGACCUAGGUCAACCAGUGCAGUAUUUAAAGCAUAGUACUGGAGGUAUCUUUCUCGAUAUGGGGAUCCAUGACAUUGACUAUGUGUGUUGGCUGGCGGGCGAGAAACCAAAUUCUCUAAUGGCAACUGUGACCAGAUCCUCCGAAAAAGCCGAAACUUACAAGAGCUUAGGAGAAUACGAUUCAGCAUCCGCCAUCUUGACGUUUCCUAGCGGAGUAAUUGGACAACUCGAAAUGUCACGUGAGAGUGGAUAUGGAUAUAGCCAAACAGUAGAGGUUUUUGGCACUAAAAUGAUUGCAAAGAGUAAAGAUAUGAUGGCUACAAAAGUUGAGUGCUCAUGCGCAGAGAGUGGUACAAAUAUAGGCAAGCUAAACGACUCUUAUGUCACCCGAUAUCUUCAAAGCUUCCACACAGAGAUGGAACAUUUCUUGGACGUUGUGAAAGGUAAGGCGAUAUGUGACGUCACACCCGAGGGUUACAUCAUCGCCUCCGAAAUAUCUGAGAUGCUGAUGAAAUCUGCGCUAACCGGAGAAGUCCUUAAACUAGGAUAA